UCCUGCCCCCUGCACUCGAGACCCAGCAGAGCACCGAGGAGAGCUGCUGCCUUCAUGGACUGCGAGCGGGGUGAAGGGUAGCACCCCAGGGUCCGCGGCCACGCGCUCUCUCAAGGCUGAGUGCGGGCUGAGAAUGCGGCCGGAAGAAGAGUCGCGGCGUCCCCGGUGACCGUCCGGGGUUGCAAGGUAGGGAGUAGGCAGAUGGCCAGGCAAAGUUGAUCGGAGCGAGGAGGUGGUUGGCCUGCGCCCUUCGGCCGCUGGGAACCGCGGAGCUACUUGGACUUGACCCUACUGCGCCCCAGGCGCUUUGAGCAGCGCCUAUCUGUCGCCCUGCGCGGGAGCGCACUUGCAAACUUGGUGGAGGUGCCCUGCGCGUCCUGUUGUGUAACCUCCGUGCCGCCAGCUGGACCGGGAAGUUGCCCGCCCGUCCUUCAGCUUGGAUCGGUCGCAGCCCCGGGCGAAUUUCAUGGCCCGCGACAAACGCGCGGCCAGAGCCGGUGUGGGCGAGCCCCCACGCGCUCCGACCCGUAGGGAACUCCCGCACGCGGUCCCUGCCCCUGGCCCGCGCCUCCGAUGCGCGCUGAGCCUCUCGCCGCAGCUGCCCUCUCGCCGCGGUCUGUCCUUUCGAGUAGCUGCCUGAGUUGGAAAGAAGAGGAUGACCGAGGUGCCUUGGUCGGCUGUCCCCAACGGGACAGAUGCUGCCUUCCUGGCUGGCCUGGGCUCCCUUUGGGGAAACAGUACAAUCGCCUCGACUGCAGCAGUUUCCUCUUCAUUCCGAUGUGCCCUGAUCAAGACCGGCUUCCAGUUCUACUACCUGCCGGCCGUCUACAUCUUAGUGUUCAUCAUAGGCUUCCUUGGCAACAGCGUGGCAAUCUGGAUGUUCGUUUUCCACAUGAAGCCUUGGAGCGGCAUCUCGGUGUACAUGUUCAAUUUGGCUCUGGCCGACUUUCUGUAUGUGCUCACCCUACCAGCUCUCAUCUUCUACUACUUCAACAAGACUGACUGGAUCUUCGGGGAUGUUAUGUGCAAGCUGCAGAGGUUCAUCUUCCAUGUAAACCUCUAUGGCAGCAUCUUGUUCCUCACCUGCAUCAGUGCACACAGGUACAGUGGCGUGGUGUACCCUCUCAAGUCUCUGGGCAGGCUCAAGAAGAAGAAUGCCAUUUAUGUCAGUGUGCUGGUAUGGCUCAUUGUGGUGGUGGCCAUCUCCCCCAUUCUCUUCUACUCUGGCACUGGGAUUCGGAAAAACAAAACUGUCACCUGCUACGACUCCACGUCAGAUGAGUACCUGCGAAGUUAUUUCAUCUACAGUAUGUGCACGACUGUGGCCAUGUUCUGCAUCCCCCUGGUGCUGAUCUUGGGCUGUUAUGGAUUAAUUGUUAGAGCUUUGAUUUACAAAGAUCUGGACAACUCUCCUCUCCGGAGGAAAUCCAUUUACCUGGUGAUAAUUGUCCUGACGGUGUUUGCUGUGUCUUACAUCCCUUUCCAUGUGAUGAAAACGAUGAAUUUGAGGGCACGGCUGGAUUUCCAGACCCCAGAAAUGUGUGAUUUCAACGACAGGGUUUAUGCCACCUAUCAGGUAACAAGAGGUCUAGCAAGUCUCAACAGCUGUGUGGACCCCAUUCUCUAUUUCUUGGCUGGAGAUACAUUCAGAAGGAGACUGUCCCGAGCCACCAGGAAAGCUUCCAGGAGGAGUGAGGCCAAUUUACCAUCCAAGAGUGAAGAAAUGACUCUCAACAUUUUGUCUGAGUUCAAGCAGAAUGGAGACACAAGUUUGUGAAGGCAGGAGAUCCAAGCUCCUCAGUUUGUAACAUGGUCACAAGAAGUCCCUGAGAUGACCUGAUGCACAGGUCAAGAAGAAGCAACAUUCUAUUGGCCAAAAGACCAGUUUGUGCCACAUGAGUAGCUGUUUUCAUAUAAUGACAGUUAUGUUGACAUUUUGUUGAAAGACACCUAAAUCUGUAAGAUGUAGCAAGUGGCUAAUCUUCACACUACAAAGAUGUCUUCAUUCCAAGCUCAAGGGUUUGUUUUCCUUGUUGCUAUCUGCUGUUUAUUCCUUACAAAGUACUGUCGGGGACUCUUUGAUGGUUGCUUUGAACCUGUGUUGAAUGGAAAUGAUAAAUUAAGAAGAAACUUAGCACACAAGACAGAAUUCAAAACUAAAACCAUGAUGUGACCACUGAGAAGUCAUUUGGAAGCCCAUUCUUCAUGAACAGAAAAAGCGACAGGACACCAAUUGUUGAUGCCAUAGGUGCUGUGGUAAAUCUUGAAAAGCAGUGAGAACUGUUUGGAAUCUGCUCCUGUGCUUCCUAGGACUCUCCAAUCUAGUCCUUGGAUAAAGUUCUCAAUCUCCACCAACUGUGGUAUGAACAAGUUGAAACCUGUAAAUCUCUGCUCACCCAACCAGGACACUAACCCAUCUUGAUAUGACAAAUAUCAGUACUCAGUAGCAACUAGAAUUCAAUUAGUGACAGGACGUAGACGGUGUGAUACUAGUAAAUGUGUAUUGAAGCUUUUCUUCCAUUGGUCGAAUGUACUUAUUGAAAUAGUAUUUAUUGAAGAGGUUUAUGGGCCUUCAGCUGUACAGAUUGUAAAACUUCCUUGAAGAUACAACGUACUGGUGUAAACUCUAUUUAUUGCAGUGCAUAAUGUUCAAAUGUCA